AUGACGUCACCCCUGGCCGAACUCAACACAGGCACGCAAAUUCGUAUCACGGGCUUUACCGAAAAGUCCAACUACAGCGCGCAGCUGCAGCGCCUGGGCAUGGUACCUGGCACAUUGGUCACCAUCCUGCGCAGUGCGCCACUUGGUGAUCCCAUCGAACUGCGACUACGUGUCACCGUCGAACGGAAAAGUGGCACCUACGCCACCGCAAGCGGUGACCUGGAGCUUAUCGACUUACCCGGCACCUACAGCCUCGAUCCCAUUGCCGGCGGGCUUGAUGAAAAAAUUGCGCGGGAUUAUCUGGCCAGCGGCGAUGCUGAUAUGGCCAUCAAUAUUACCGACGGCUCCAGUUUAAGCCGAAGCCUGUAUCUCACCAGCGAGCUUCACGAUCUCAACAUACCCACGGUUGUGGUUAUCAAUAUGUUGGACGUUGCGCGCUCACAAGGCACACAAAUCGACUUCGAUGUUCUCGCUCAAGCCCUUGGCUGUCCCGUGGUGCCACUCAUCGCAACCCGCCGGGAAGGCUUAGACGAACUCAACAACGCCAUCGGACACGCUGCUCCUGUUGCCGACUUCGCCAGCGGCGACGACGUCAACCGCUAUGCAGAGAUCGACAAGCUUAUCGAAAGCUGUACUCACUUUGACAAGGCAACACAAAGCGGCUGGACGCAAGCCAUUGAUCAGGUGGUCCUGAACCGGUUUGCGGCCUUCCCUGUUUUCCUUGGCGUGAUGUAUCUGAUGUUCCUGAUCUCCAUCAACAUCGGUUCAGCAUUUAUCGACUUUUUCGAUCUUGUGGGCAGCGUUUUGUUUGUAGAGGGGCCGCGACAGCUGUUCGAGUGGCUGGGGCUACCCGCCUGGGGUAUCGUCUUUCUGGCCGACGGCGUCGGCGGCGGCGUGCAGCUGGUGGGCACCUUUAUUCCGGUUAUCGGCGCGCUGUUUCUGGUGCUCGCGUUUUUAGAGGAUUCCGGCUACAUGGCGCGGGUCGCCUUUAUUGUCGACCGCCUGCUUCGCAGUCUGGGGUUGCCUGGCAAAUCAUUUGUACCGCUGAUCGUUGGGUUUGGCUGCAAUGUCCCCGCGGUCAUGGCAACCCGGUCAUUGGAUUCUCAACCCGAUCGUAUUCUGACAACAUUGAUGGCCCCUUACAUGAGCUGUGGCGCCCGCUUGACGGUAUACGCCCUGUUUGCCGCAGCGUUUUUCCCCAGCAAUGGCCAGAACAUCGUAUUUGCCCUGUACCUGAUCGGUAUCGUUGUGGCGAUAUUGAGCGCAAUGGUAGUCCGCAAACACCUUUUACCGGAACGCCGCAGCGAGUUUAUCCUGGAACUGCCCGCCUACCAUUUACCUGUGCUGCGCAACAUUCUGCUGCAGACCUGGCAACGUUUAAAAGGGUUUGUGGUACGCGCAGGUAAAGCUAUUGUGCUGGUGGUCAUUGCCCUCAACGUGCUCAGCUCCAUCGGUACCGACGGCAGCGUUGGCAACGAAGAUUCGGAGAGCUCAGUGCUCUCAGCGAUCGGCAAAACCAUUACCCCGGUGUUUAAACCCAUGGGUAUCGAAGCAGAUAACUGGCCUGCCACUGUUGGCAUUUUCACCGGUAUUUUUGCUAAAGAAGUUGUGGUCGGCACGUUGGAUGCUUUGUAUGCGCCGACAAGCCAGCACGAAGACAACAGCUUGACCGACAUGCUCAGUCAAGCUGUGGCGAGCGUACCGGCCAACCUCAGUGAAAUUGCAGGCCAGCUGACAGACCCACUGGGCCUGGACCUAGGCAACCUGGAAGAUACCGCAUUACAGGCUGAGGCCCAGGAAGUGCAGAUCAACACCAUCAGCGCCAUGCAGAGUCUGUUUAACGGGCAGCUCGGUGCGUUUGCUUACCUGCUGUUCAUCCUUCUUUACAUGCCCUGUGUUGCGACCAUUGGCGUGAUCUACAAAGAGUUGGGGUCUUUCUGGGCCACGUUUUCUGUCGCCUGGUCAUUUGUGGUGGCUUACGGUGCUGCGGUGAUUGUGUAUCAGAUCGGCACUUUCUCAGACGACCCUACCAGCGCCACGCUGUGGCUGGCCGGCGUCAGCCUCGCCGCCACGGCUUUUUUCGCCAGCCUCAUCGCCUGGGGCAAACGCAGACCUGAUGCUAAUCUCAUCCCCCUGAAGAUACUGGAAGUGUUUGUCGGUGUACAUCGCAACCUCGGCAGUUUCCGCGGUGACGCACCCUUCCCUGCCUGGUUGUUCCGCAUCGCCAGCUUUCGCUGUACAGACUAUCUGCGGAACUGCGAGAUGCUCUGUGAACACGCAAAUCCGCUUUUAAUUGAUUACGCCCAGAAGUCGUUAAACGAUUCGCUGUCAGUUGAAGUUGAGACUCACCUGGAAAGCUGCGCUGAUUGCCAGUCUGACUUCGAGGCCAUCAACAUGCUGUCUAACAUGGCAGAAAACUGGCAUGACGAAACCGUACCGGCCUGGCAGCCAGCCCCGGUGACCAGCAACCAUAACUGGCUGGACAAUUUCCGUUUGUGGUUCCCUACCGCAGCCAGCACCGCUGCGCUGGCAGUCGCCACCAUGAUAUUUGUGCAGAUGCCCGAGAACAGCGGCGUAUUGCCGGCUUCCAGCCAGCCCCUGAGCAGUUAUCAGGAAUUGCCUGAGCUGCCUCAAGCGACACAGGCGGCCAUGGUCGAAAGAGUCAUGGAAGGCAGCCGCGAGCAGCGUCAGGAAGAACUGCAGGUGUUACUGCAAUACCUGAAGGCCGAAAUGGAUCGCCGCACUAUCGAAACAGAAGAUUCCCUGCGUUUUGUGAUCACCAACCAGUUGCAGGGGCAGCAGGAACUGGAUGAGCUGUAUCAACAGGUUAAAGACCUGGUCACAACCGCUGAUCGCAAUCCUGCAGCCACGCCGGGCACCGGCAGUGAUGUUGAUAAUCUUACUGACAUCACGCGGGAGGCCAAAAUUGUUGCUGACGUGAUGAAAUCCGCGCUUCGUAAUGAGCUGAAGAGCGGAAUUCGUGUCACCAGUGUCACCGCCGAAUAUCUGGCCAAACAGGGGGUGCUGGUUUCCGUGCGGCUGAAUGCGCCCUGGCUGACCAUCAACAAUGGCGACACCGCCAUUGCCAUCAACGGCCAGAUCAACCUUGAUGAGAUACCUUCGAUGGUGGAAAACAUUCUGUCUGACCUGCAGAUCGAUUUAUCACCCUAUGAACCAGAGUCAUUGGAAACUCUGCGCGAGCUACGCGCUGAGCAGCGCGACCUGCGCCUGGAACAGCGUGAUAUCCGCGCUCAGCUACGCACCCAGCGGCGGGAACUGGUGCGCGCAGACUCUAACGACGAGCAGCAGAAGGUGCAGCGGCAAAUUGAAAACCUGGAACGUGAAUUGAUUGCUGUUGACACGCAGUACGACGCCCUCGCCAAGGACAUCGAUAUUCAAUACAAGUCUCUGCGCGACUACCGCGAUCGCAUAGACACGCCGGAAACGCCUGCUUCGCCUGCUUCGCAAAGUGCGGACAUCGACGCAUUGAUUGCACGGACCGUUUGCGAUUACGGCGCCACCUUAAAAAGCUUAGGCUCUGAAGACUUCCUGACCGUUGCACUGCGGCGUGAGAACAGCACGCGUUAUUAUGCUUUCAAAAUGGAUUAUGUAGACAGCUGCGGUCGCGGUGAUAUGGGUUUUGAGCGGCUGCAGGAGAGAGCCUAUACCUACGACGGUUAA